AGCGCUUCCGCCUGCCGCUACCACGCUGGAAUCAACAUUCCGGCUUGACGUCACGGCUCGAGGCCAUCCUCAUUGCAGGACGCUUUUGGCGGACAGCAUAUCGGCUGCAGUCACGCUACGCACCACCACCGGCACACGACCUAACCCCGGCCUUGACACCUUGAAGAGACUCAGCCAGUGCGACUCCACCGGUGCCAGCAAUCAUGCCGCGUCGCCAAUUCGUCGCUGAUUUGCAGCGAGCUGUGGAAGGCGUCUCAAUUGCAGGCAUCUCAGACGUACAGAACGGCGCCGAUGACGGCGAGUUCACGUUCAAGUGCCUCGCCGACGGGGAGAACUUCAAGAUCUCAGCCCUGAUACCGGAGCUUUCCGACUACCCGUCAAGCCAUGACUACAUGAUAUUCGCGCCGGACGAUGCGCCUUCGAGCGUGGCCAGCGCUCUGACCGAUCUCUCCGACGGUGCGUCCGGCAAGACGGUCCUCCAGCUGCUGGAGCUCGUUUCGCGCAAGCUUGAGUCGACCGACGGAGACGGCGACCAGCAGAUGCUCGAUUCGCAGGAAUUCGACGACCUAGAAGAGGAGGAUUCGGAAGAGGAGGCAGAGGAUUAUUUCCCCGAUGACGACCCAGUUCAGAAGCCGUUCGUCGCGUCGCAUACUACAUCAACUCCCGGUCAAGGCUACACAAAGGUCACUUCGGUCUUCCGCUCUCGCAUUCGUUCCGACCUCAUGCUUGCAAAAGCGAACGGCUUCAAAGUCGGCCAUCAGGGCGGUUUGAUGGAAGGUCUGGGUUGCUAUGUCAGCCUUUCGUGUCGGAUCUCCAAGCUGGGCAUCUCAGAGGAAGCUAUGCAGGCAUGGCAAGUGGAACCGUCGGAGUACCUGGUCGUCAUCUUCUCAUAUCCUAACGGAUACAAGAGCAUGGACUCCAUGAAGGGAUACGAUGCGGUGACUGCCCGCCGAAAUUUCGGCAUGCGUGUCGGCAUUAGCACCACAUACAAGCCGACGAUGCAAGAGGCAAUUCGAGCAUUUACCACGCUUAGCAAAGAUGAAGAGAAACGCCGCGAGGGGGAGUCUCAAUCACAGUCACAAGCUGCGGCGGAACACAAGGGCUUCCGCAACUCCUUCAUCUCACGGCCUCUCAACGAACUCUUGGAGGAACGCUUUCCCCAGUUGCUCCACUACCGCUACAACGGGAUGCCUUGGGGUGGCGCGGAACAAUUCUACCACGAUCACAUUGGUGUCAACAACCCUCAUGCAGACCUAGGUCUACAAGACAAGUACCUGGAGCCUGAACGGGUCAGCACAGCAUACCCUCCGCUUGCUACAGCCGACCAUAUCCAGGAGGCCAUGGAUCAGCAGCACUCGCUCCCUCUGGUGGGAAUGCAGUUUGUAUUACGUCAUUUCGUGCGCUGCACCGAGUUCUGUUUGAUCUGCUUCUCGAAGAUGCCCGACGACCUUCAAGCGAUCAAGCCAUACGUCUGCGACAACCCUCUGUGUCUCUACCAGUACAUGUCGCUCGGCUUCGGGCCCAGCAUCGAGCAUGAGAUCCUCUCACAACCCAAAGUCGUUGAUCUUCUGGUCAGCUUCUGCUAUACUAGCGCGCGCCAGGGCAAGCUGAGGGACUUUCCCUCUGGCUUGAGCCUCAUGGUCCCGCCGCAUUCAUCUUACGCGAGCGACUACCAGAACCUGCAGCAACAGGGCUACAGUGCCUGGAGCCAGACGCCCGCGCAGCCGCCCGCAGCUCCUACGACUAGUGGUGCACAGGAUGCCAUGGCGCUGAAGACGAGGUGGAAUGCUGUCACAAAGGAAAUCCUGUUCGAGAACAAGAGCGAGAAGUGCCCUGUCCGCGCUGGUGAUUGGAUCAUCAUCCGUGCGACGCAUAAUCCGAGCAAAGCAACCCAUUGCCGUAUCGCCGAUACUUCUCUAUAUCCGACCGUACAACUUGCGGAACCCGUCGAGCCAGCCAUCUCCGAUGCGACAUCGGUUAGCCAGCAGUACCCACCUCCGCCAACGAAAGCUCAGCCCGCUACGAAGACUCCUGCAGUAAAAGCCGCAAUUGUGAACGAGUUCCGUGAGGCGACCUUCCAUAUCUAUAAUCAGAACUUUGAUGAUUUAGAGGACUUCCACAAGCGAGAGGCAAUUUAUGCCAUGCUAGAUAUCCUCCCUAGCAUUGCUGACAUGAGAUCAUAUCUCAUCCGUAAGGCACAAUCACCGUUGAGCUCCUGGGUGGACCGCCUUCCGCCUGCUGCACUUGGACUGCUACGCUGGAUCAUCGCCUCGAAUCGAGCCUGCAUUAUGCAGGUGGAGGAGGAGACCGACGCAACCGCUCGCCAUCGUCUUUACGGCAUGCCAGGGUGGGUGCAGUUUAGAUUUGCCAUGGGUGCGCCGGACAAGGAGCGGCGGUUCAUUCAGGCUGUGCGGGAGACCACCGACCGUCUGAAGCUGACGCAUCCAACUCUGUUUGCCUGGCACGGUAGCCCGCUACUGAACUGGCAUAGCAUCAUCCGCGAAGGCCUCCACUUCAAAGACACUGCUCACGGGCGUGCCUUUGGCCACGGCGUUUAUCACUCGCUCGAUGUGAAUACUAGCUUGGGCUAUAGUGGUUAUUACGGAUCUGUGACGAACUACUGGCCGAUGAGCGAGCUGAAAGUGAGCCAAGCUCUUGCGCUGAACGAAAUCACCAAUGCUCCGGGAGAGUUCGUGAGCUGCACGCCACAUCUAGUUGUGGCCCAGCUCGACUGGAUCCAGACCCGCUAUCUCUUCGUCAAGACGGGAAACGUGAGCGACGUGUAUGGCAGCCAGACUCCUGCAUCCAAGGAGACAAAGCCACUCGAGAGCAUCGAACAGGAUGGCAAAUAUACUCCACGCGGUGUCUCCGGCCCCCUCGUCAUCCCCGUGUCUGCCAUUGCCGGAUCUCGACGACCCAAGUCCCGCUCGAUCCAGAAUAUGACCAAGAGCAAGCGCCAGAAGGCUUCUGGAUCCAGCAUCUACGACCCGAUCGAGCUUGACGCAGAUGAUGACGAUAGUGCCAGCGUAGCAACGCUUGAUGAAGACUUGUUGAUUCUCCGCGACGAGGAUGUUCAUCCGCCUCAGCCAGACGUAGAGACUUCGCUCCCUACGCCAAACUCUACCAAGGGCAAAGGCAAGGCUGGUGGCUUUCUGUCGAAGUUCGUGGGCUCGAAGUCCUCAACGAAACCCCUGACGGACUAUGUACCCGGCAAGCUCGACUACAGCACCUUGCCCAUGCUCCAGCAACCAGCUUGGGCCACCACGGCGGCUACCAAGCGUCUCAUGCGGGAUUUUAGCGAGCUGAUCAAGGUGCAGAACAAGGAGCCUUUACAUGAACUGGGAUGGCACAUCGAUGAAGACAAGAUCGAGAACAUGUACCAGUGGAUCGUGGAGCUGCACUCCUUCGACCCGACUUUGCCAUUAUCGAAGGAUAUGAAGGCUAAGGGCUACAAGAGCGUCGUCUUGGAGCUUCGCUUCGGCAAAGACUAUCCGAUGAGCCCUCCAUUCGUGCGUGUCAUCCGUCCGCGCUUCUUGGGCUUCCAGCAAGGUGGAGGUGGCCACGUCACUGCCGGUGGUGCUCUGUGUAUGGAGCUUCUCACCAACAAUGGCUGGAGCGCCGUGUCCUCUAUCGAGUCGAUCCUGCUCCAGGUCCGCAUGGCCAUGAGCUCUCUUGAACCUAAGCCUGCCCGUCUCGAGAACGGCUCGCGUAGCGACUACGGCGUUGGCGAAGCCGUCGAUGCUUACAUUCGCGCCUGCAAUGUGCACGGAUGGACGGUGCCCGCUGGGUUUAGGGAGAUGGCUUACGGCGGUGCGGAUCCGAGCUACCCGCAGUACUAAAAUUACUUCCCUUCGAGCUGUGGUCUAACAUUCUAGCA